GCGCCGCGGCGGGCCGGGAGGUCGGGCUGGCUGCUGGUGACGUAGCGCGCCGCGGGAAGGGCCGCGCGAGACUCCUGGACGCCGCCGCCGCCGCGCUCCGGCCCGCCCCCACCCCCCCUCCCCUCCCCCCUUUCCGCUAUUCCCCCUCCGCCAUGGGCAGCGCCGCGGCGGAGGGAGUGGGAAGGGCAUCGAGCCGUGCCGGGGCCGCCGCUGGGCAUGUGCCAGGCCCGGUCACCGCGUGAGCUUCGGCUGCGGCACCGGCAGCAUUGUCCGCGCCCUUCCCGGGCGAAGCCCAGGGCGGCGGGUGCCAUGAAUAGCAGCUGCGCGUCCCCCGCCGCCCGCCGCCUGCAGCGCCGGGAUCGAUAGAGGCGGGGGCUGCGGACGCACUAUGGCCGGCAGCGGCUACACGGACCUGCGGGAGAAGCUCAAGUCCAUGAUGCCCUACCGGGACGGCCACAAAGGCGGCGGCGGCGGCAGCCUCCCGCGGGAGGCCCCCGAACCCCCCUACGAUCGCAAGCGGCGGCACCAGGACUCCGGCUCCGAGCCCAGCGACUACGAGGAGCAAAAGGAGGAGGAAGAAGCUCGGAAAGUCAAAAGUGGCAUCCGCCAGCUUCGCCUCUUCAGCGCCGAGGAGUGCGCCAAGAUUGAAGCGCGGAUCGAGGACGUGGUGUCCCGGGCGGAGAAGGGGCUCUACAAGGAGCACACGGUGGAUCGGGCCCCGCUGCGGAACAAGUAUUUUUUCGGGGAGGGCUACACCUACGGGUCUCAGCUGCAGAGACGAGGCCCCGGCCAGGAGCGCCUGUACCCGCGGGGGGAGGUGGACGCCAUCCCUGAGUGGGUGCACGACCUGGUGAUCAGGAAGCUGGUGGAGCACCGGGUGAUUCCCGAGGGCUUUGUGAACAGUGCCGUCAUCAACGACUACCAGCCGGGGGGCUGCAUUGUCUCCCAUGUGGAUCCCAUCCAUAUCUUCGAGAGGCCCAUCGUCUCAGUCUCCUUCUUCAGCGACUCAGCGCUCUGCUUCGGGUGUAAAUUCCAGUUCAAACCCAUCAGGGUCUCGGAGCCCGUUCUCUUCCUGCCCGUGAAGAGGGGAAGUGUCACGGUGCUCAGUGGAUAUGCAGCUGAUGAAAUUACACACUGUAUUCGACCACAAGACAUCAAGGAGAGAAGAGCUGUCAUCAUUCUUCGAAAAACAAGACUAGAUGCACCUCGAUUGGAAACAAAAUCCCUGAGUAGCUCUGUGUUGCCACCAGGUUAUAACUCUGACCGUCUGUCGGGAAGCAACCGGGACCAGAUCCUGAAACCAAAGCGGUCCCAUCGCAAAGCAGAUCCAGACGCUGCUCACAGGCCACGGAUUCUAGAAAUGGAUAAAGAGGAGAACAGGCGCUCAGUCCUCUUACCAAAACAUAGGAGACGGAGCAACUUCAGCUCCGAGAACUAUUGGCGAAGGUCUUACGAGUACACGGAGGACUGUGACGAGGAAGAGGAGGACGGCAGCCCAGCCAGGAAAGUUAAAAUGAGGCGACACUGAGGAUUGCACUUUCCAGGCUCGUGGAGCUGAUGAGAUUGGCCUCCAGUCUGUGAAAACUUUCUCCUCCCUCUGGCUUUCUUCCAUCUAGCUUCAGUUUUGGUUUUUCCUUUCAGGCUUGAAGAGUAAACAGGAAAGAUCUAGAGAUUUGUUUUUAUGAAUGGAGGGAUGCUGAGACGUACGUAAGGAUGGAACAUGUCCAGUGCACAUGGUGUCCUGAGUCAUGGGUCAAACGGGCAUCUCUCCCUUAGGAAGCAGAUAAAGUUAUGCCAGGCUGUCUGUUGUGAUUUCUUUUGAAAACACCAAAAAGUUUAACUGUUCCGUUGCGCAAGAUUCAAGAAUUAUAUUUUUUUUGGAGUUAUUUUUUCUUUUUGCUUUAACUGUCUUCUUUUCCAGUUGUUCUAAAUAUGAUGUUUGACCUCGGGAGCUAAAACUCUCUGUGGUGGCCUCAUAUUCCGUGCUUCAGCGGAGGGCUCCUUGGUCUGCUCUUACCUGGUUGUUGUUGGGUUUGUUUUAAGGGUGCCCUGCAGUAACUGGAAGUUUGAAGCUUUGCAGACCCCUCUUACUACAACUGAUUUCAAAAGGUUUAGGACAUUUUUGUUGCACUUUAGUACCAGUUUUAAAUGCUUUAGGUUUCCUUUUCAUUCCCUUUUCCAAAGCCAGCGUGGGCUCGUGGCAUUCUGUCUCUGAGAAGGGCCAGCCUUUCAAGGAACCUGCCUUGUCUGCCCCGAGAUCUGAAAGUUCAUGCUUCUGCUGCUUCUGAAACCUUUAAAAAAACAUUUUCAGACUACACUCAGCUUUGGAAGCUAUGUUCUUCACCCUCCCAGCUUUCUGCAGAGAAUCCAGCCCAGCUCUUGCCUACAAACUCCCUGUUUUGGAAAGCUUAGCAUUCCCCUGAUAACAGAACCGCAUGCAGGGAGCAGUGAUCCCUCCUCCCUCUCCUCCUUAGAGCUGGUGCAAACAUCUCCAGCAAACUAGAGACCUGCUAGCAGGGUGCCUAGCAAUGGCUGGCUCUGAUUGUCUUUCUAGGUUCAUCCUGGGCAUGCUCUGUGCCCUCUGCUCUCCUUGGUACCAGGCUCUGCUCGCUGUGCCACUGACAGUGGUCACUGUGGAGAUCUUGGCUCUGCGCAACCUGCUCUCCCUGUCUCGCUGCCAGUUGUACUCCUGCUUCUGCAAUACAGACACUCUACCCUGGUGUCUCAACUCAAAGUGAAGCCAGAGGCAACCCACCUUUCCAAGCAGUGCUCCCCUGGGAUGAGGCUCUAUCUCCACUGAAGGCUGAACAAGGCAUCUUGAGAUCUCGCCUCUAGCCCAGUACCAACCGUCACCCCCCCCGGUCCUUGUGCAGGUAUCCCCCCUCUCUCAGUUUCUUUCAGUACUGCCGUGUGCUGUUGUCGGGAGCUCUGCCCUCCUUCCUUCCCCCUGCUCCACAUCCGUGUGGUGGGGCUGAGCUGGCAGCUGCGGCUGGAGGGACAGGACAAGCUCCAAACAGGAGCUGCUCUGCAGCUGCCCUCUGUUCUCCAUUUCCAACCCGAUUGGUUGGGACUUCACACCUUGGAGAGAGAGAGAAAGUGGGGCGCGCUGCUCUGACCCAGGCGAGGAGUCUCCAGGGCACAGGCAGCCCGUCUGCCCACUUGUACAGACAUUUUCUAUACCCACGGAUGUAUAUGUGUAGAUAACAUGGUUUUUUAACUCUUUUGCACUGAACAACAUUGGAGUGAAACCUUGAUCUGAAACCAGAAGACACAUUUUUCACGCGGAUCCAGAUGUCUUAGAUCCCUUCCUGUAACCUGCCUGGUAAAACUGGCUCAGAAACCCUGGUGAUGCCCAUACCUGUUCCCUGUUACUGGCUGGGGCAGGCUUUGGGGCAGGCUGGUGACAUGAGUCUGGUGUGGAGGAUGGAGAGUGAUGAGUUCCAAUUUGGAGGUGAAACUUCCCUCCUCUCUGCAGAGCAGGCUCAUGCAUCCCCCCCAAUCCUGUUGGCUUUGUUGUGUCUGUCUGGUGCAGUCGUGUGCUCCGACCUCUCCAUCCACCCACAGGGUGUUGUUCGUGUAACCUGCUCAGCCCAAAAUGGGGAAUAAGGCUACGUCCAAUGUGCCCAUCCCACCAACCCAGACCCUGAGAACUGACUUUCCUAAGAGGGAAGAAGGUGGGGUUCCUCCCUGCUUCAGUGGGCUUUGUCCCUGCUUUUCUGCAAAGAACAGGAGAAAUGUGGGGGUUGUUAAUGCUACCUCCAUCGCAAGAAGACUCGGUGAUCGAAUUCGAGUUACUGCAGGAGUGGUGUGGGUGCAGUGUGUGGCUAGGAAGAGAAGGAAAGGCUGCAAUUGCCGGAGAGAAGCUCUCCUGGCCCCUGCCUCGCUGGGCUUGGUGGGCUGCAGUGCCUGCCUACGUUUGGCUCCAUAUCUGCCAAACUCCUAUCCAGCUGCCAGGCAGGUGAGAGCCGUGACAACCAGGAGCUGCCAUCCUGCUCCAGAGGCCUGGCUCAUCUAGGGGGGGAUCUCUGGGGCACAGGGCUUUGACCCACGCUGGGGUGAGCCAGCACCACCACAAGCCCACUUCUGCUGGGCUGAGUUUAGGCCUCUGCCUUUGGGUGCUGUUAGGUACCCAACUCUUACCACUGCAGGGGCUGAGCCCCGUGGGCUGGAACAGCUGCAGUGAUUUGGGGGAGGGGUGGGGAAUGUGGACCCCCUCCACCAGUAGCAAGUACCUUUUAUCUGCCAAGUGUUCCCUUUCCUUGGGAGGAGAAGUGUUGGGCCGAGAAGCGUGUCUCUGCUCCUUCCCAUGGCCCUGCCCUCACAAUUCUGGCUGACUUUAAUUUUGAGGGAUGUUUGGUUGGGUUUUUUUUAAAGAUUCUAAUUUUUCUUUGGUUUUGUUACAAAUAAGAAUAAAAAAAACCUACAAAAGAAAGUGGCAAUAUUUUUUUCCGUAAGCUUUUCCUAGGAAAAAGCGUGGUUUGUAACAAAGUUGUACAGUUCUGAAGUUUGAGAUACGAGAAGUACUGUGUGAAACACUGUAAAUGGGGCAGAGAUUAUUUUAUGUACAGUCUGACGCGGGGAGAAUCUUUUAAUUCUGGUUGAUUCUUAGGAAGAAUUUGGUUCUUCACUGUCAGGGUUUGGAAUUUUCAUGGUUUCAUUAUAUUAUUUUUUUUUCUUGUAUAGAUUGCUGCAUUAAUUGAAUAAAAGCAGAAAGCAUC